UUUUGAUUAUUCUACUUUAUCGUAUCGAGAAUAAUGUUUACGACGAAUCUUUGCGAGCAAUUCAUUUACCCAGUUUCUUGCGAUACACGUAGAAAAUGGAUCCAUUUCGUUGGAUGAUCCUUCUCACCGUGGAUGUAUAUCACACAUGGGUAAAAUGAUUUUGCGAUGUUACGGCUAACUCAAGUGAAAUUUGACCGCGUGUUUUGCGAUCAAUCUUCGCUCGAGUUCUUUCUUGGUUGGAAAUGAUGCUACGUAUGACGUAAAUAACACGAAGUACGAAAAACAUAGUAGUUCAUUUAAUUAAAAAAGGAAAAGGAAAGAGGACGUUUGCCAAAGCAUAUGUACAUAUAUGUAUUCUUGAAACGUUAAGAUUUUGGGAAUAUAAAGGAAAAGUAUGAGGCAUGAUAUGAAAAAAAAGAAAAUCUUAAUACUGCCCUUUGUCGAAUUUGUGUCGUGCGCUGCAAUUGUUAGAAAAUACUCGUUAAUCGUGCCUGUUGGAUCCUAUUCUGUCAAAGAUUUUAUGUUUUUUUUAUUCAUCGAGAGGACGAUGCAUCUGGUUCUUCUUAAAAGGGAUCAAUUGUAUGAAAAAUACGAAACUACGGAAGUAGACCGGAGAUUCGUUUACCUAUAAACGAACGGGGGAUCGAUAGCGCAAGUUCCAGCAGUGACUAUAUGGGAAUUUUAUAUAGGGCUAAUGAAUUUUUUAAUCAUCAAGCACGUGUGCAUUGUACGUGAGAAUUAUUGCAAAGAAUUAACAAACAGAAGAGAAAAGAGGACGAAGUCAUUGUCGUGUGCGUUGUAUAUUCGAUUGAAAAUAUUUAUACUACGACGAUUAAAAUACGAUGUAAUGUAAAGAGGGUCGGAAUCGACUUUAUUGUUUCGAUUUGUGCGAAUAGUCACCGUUAGGAUUGUUUUUCUCUUUAUUUCUUGUUUUUUGCCGAAUGCUUCUUUCGUUCUUAAUCGUUGUACGUACAGUGUUUAAGCACAGGAAACUGUUUGUUACGAUUUUUUUUUUUUUUUAUUUGUAUCCAUUACAAGAAUUUCGUUAUUACCAAUAUGUUUAACAUUGAGUCGCAACCUGACAUGCAGGCGCAUACUUCUACACUAAUCUUAAGAAAUCAAUAGACUGAGAACAAGUAAAAGGGAAAGAAAUCGGAAAAUGAGAUUAUUUUACACUAAGAAACGAAGCUUGCUAAAAAUUGUCUUACAAACGAGAGAAAUUAAUACUUCAUUUUAUUUUCUGAUUUAGAUGAAACGUACUAAUCGGUUACACUACAAAAAUAUUUAUUAAAUAUUUAUACCUAUUUUAAUUUCGAUCAGAAAUAUUCCGAAUUUUACCUUUAUUCCGAAACUUACAUUUCAGAAGGAAUUGAAGAAUCAACAUCUCGAACGUUUAUUGUGUAAUAUAAAGCUUUUUAUGUAAGCGGUAUACAAAGAAAUUCUCGUUUAUGAUUUCAGAACAGAGCAUUUUUUUUUUUUUUUACUUCUAAACCUUAUUGUAUGUAUUCGAUCGACUUUACGCAUCUGUGUGUUUAUUCAUCUUAGAUUGAGUUUAUUUUACACAUAUACAACGUACAUAGAUAUACAUAUAUACAUUAAACCUUUUCGUCAGUAAUCGAUUUCGUGGCUGAUCUUUAAGAAAUACAAGACCGUCGUUCUUGCGAAGAAAAGAUAAUGAAUUCGUAUUUUAUUAACAAAGAUAGGAAAUAGAAUGAUUUACAUAGAUAAAGAAUUGUUACGUACGAAUCUGCAAAUGGCUGAAUCGAUGAAAAAGAGAAAGGUAUGCGUAAUAGGAGCCGGCGCAGCUGGCCUCUGCGCAGCUAGACACUUUGCGCGAAGUUUGAAUUUCGAAUUGAAUGUGUUCGAGCAAACAAAUGAUAUCGGCGGUACAUGGGUUUACAAAGAAGCAACUGAAGUCGACGAAAAUGGUUUGCCCGUUCAUUCGAGCAUGUAUCGAGACUUAAGAACUAAUUUACCGGCGAAAAUUAUGAAUUUCCCUGAUUACCAGAGAUUGAACGCUGAAGAACCAUGUUGUGUGACACAUCAGGAAGUUCGCACAUAUUUACAGAAUUACGCGGAAUACUUUGAUUUACUUAAACAUAUUCAGUUUGGAACACGAGUAGAAUCCGUUCGAUUGCAAAUUUCAGCCGAAGGCAAAGAAGAAUGGGCUGUACGAACAAAAGUUGUAAAAACAAAAGAAGAGAAAGAAAGUAUCUUUAACGUUAUAAUGAUCUGUAAUGGACAUUACUUCGAUUCUUACAUACCAAUGAUACCAGGAAUCGAAAAAUUUCCGGGUACGAUACUACACAGUCAUUCAUAUCGAAAGUCAGAAGAUUUUUCUGGUAAAAGCGUUUUAAUCUUGGGAGCAGCUGCUUCCGGAGUCGACAUCGCUCUUGAUUUGGCUCACCACGCAUUUCGAAUAUAUUUAAGCCAUAAUAAUGAAAGAUUAAAUAGCCCCUUACCACCAAACGUAAUCGAGGUGUUAGGUGUGGAAAAGAUAGAGGAGGGGAAUAUUCUUUUAAAAGAUCAAAAUUCUAUUACGGUGGACGUAUUUAUGUUUUGUACGGGGUAUCGGUACAGUUUUCCAUUUCUAGACGAAAACUGUGGAAUUCGAGUAGAUAAUAACUUCGUGACUCCUUUAUAUAAACAUUUAAUUAAUAUUGACCAUCCUACAAUGUGUAUCGUUGGAGUGCCUACUGUCGUUGUUCCAUUUCCUAUGUUUCACACGCAAAUACAAUACUUCCUUGCAUUAUUAGAGAAAAGAGCAAACUUACCAACAAGAUCAAUUAUGCUGGAAGAGAUGAAGUUAAAAACCUCGAAGAAAAGACAUGCACACAAAUUAAGUGACAAACAAUGGGAUUACAACAAUGCGUUAGCCGAUGCUGGAGGUUUCGACCGUUUGCCAAAAUUCUAUAAACUCGGAUACGAAGUGUGGUCAGCGCAAAGGAAAGCAAAUCUUUUGAACUAUAAGAGGGCUAGAUUUGUAUUAUCCAAAGAUCAAGAAACUGUUGAGUUAGUCAUACCGAAAGGAAGUGUAUAAAUAUAAAUAACUGUUAAAAACUGUUAAAUAUAAUAUUACAGUUUUAUAAGUUUUUCAUAAUAUUGAUUUUAUUAAUGAUACUGAUGUUGUAUAAAGCCGAUGAUGAAUGACGUGAUCGAUUUAGAAUUUCUGAUUCCACUGUCGGUUUCGAAACCGUGAAGCAAAUUUAUUAAAAUUAUUGUGCAAGUUAUAAAAGA